GUUAAGGAAGGAUAUAGUUUUUGUUCUGCCAAUUUUUAACGUUUGUUCUUUAAAAUAUAAAAAACCACGUGGAGGAAUAAAAUUCACGAUAGGAAUAAUAUACAUAUAUAUAAAUUUAACAAAUUAAAAGUAUAUAUUAUCAUCAAUGGCUGACUACUGUAUAAUAAGUAACGAAAUGCCAGGAGAUCUGCCAUUACCGGACGAUGGUCUUACGGCAGCACAACUGUUUGCCAACGGCGAUGGGCUAACAUAUAAUGAUUUCAUCAUUUUACCAGGAUAUAUUGAUUUUACCGCCGAAGAAGUGGAUUUAUUAUCACCACUUACCAAAAAGAUAAUGUUAAAAACUCCUUUGGUUUCUUCUCCAAUGGACACUGUUACGGAAUCUGACAUGGCAAUUGCUUUGGCUCUUUGCGGUGGAAUUGGUAUAAUACACCAUAAUUGUACACCUGAAUACCAAGCCAAUGAAGUACAUAAGGUGAAAAAGUAUAAACAUGGAUUCAUUAGAGAUCCGGUUGUGCUAUCACCUCAGCAUACUGUUAAUGAUGUUGUAAAUGUAAAAACUGAACAUGGGUUUUCUGGCAUUCCAAUUACGGAUAAUGGAAAAGUAGGUGGUAAGCUUCUAGGCAUUGUAACUUCCAGAGACAUUGAUUUCUUGGAAGAUACAUUUCAGCAAAGACAUACUAAGUUGGAAACGAUAAUGACGAAAUUAGACAAUCUGAUUACUGCACCAGCCGGCGUAACACUGCAAGAAGCAAAUGUAAUUCUUGAAAAAUCAAAGAAAGGAAAACUUCCUAUAGUCAAUGAUAAAGGAGAACUUAUUUCAUUAAUGGCAAGAACUGAUUUAAAGAAAAAUCGUAGUUAUCCGAGUGCUAGCAAAGAUGAGAAUAAGCAAUUAUUAGUAGGUGCUGCUAUUGGAACACGUAAUACUGAUAAACAAAGAUUACAACUUUUAACAGCUGCCGGAGUUGACGUAGUCGUAUUAGACUCAUCUCAAGGGAACUCGAUUUACCAAAUUGAGAUGAUUAAAUAUAUCAAAUCGGAAUAUCCGGACUUGCAAAUAAUUGCAGGUAAUGUGGUAACAAGUCUUCAAGCAAAAAAUUUAAUAGAAGCAGGAGCAGAUGCAUUGCGUGUUGGUAUGGGUUCUGGAUCUAUUUGUAUUACUCAAGAAGUAAUGGCGGUAGGCAGACCACAAGCAACUGCGGUCUAUAAAGUAGCGGAAUAUGCCAGAAAAUUUGGAGUACCUGUUAUAGCUGAUGGUGGUGUACAAUCUAUUGGGCAUAUUAUUAAAAGCCUUAGUUUAGGUGCCUCAACAGUUAUGAUGGGAUCAUUAUUAGCUGGAACUUCAGAAGCACCCGGUGAAUACUUCUUCAGCGAUGGAGUUCGUUUGAAAAAAUACAGAGGGAUGGGUUCUUUAGAAGCCAUGAAUAGAACCGAUGCAAAGGGUUCGGCCAUGGAUAGAUAUUUCCACAAUGAAAUGGACAAAUUAAAAGUAGCUCAAGGGGUAAGUGGUUCCAUAGUUGACAAGGGAUCAGUUUUCAAAUUUGCUCCUUAUCUACUUUGUGGUAUAAAACACGGAUGUCAAGACAUUGGUGCAAAGUCUGUAUCCAUUUUAAGAUCCAUGACAUAUAGUGGUGAAUUAAGAUUUGAGAGAAGAACAUCUUCUGCUCAGCAGGAAGGAAAUGUCCAUAGCUUGUUUUCUUAUGAAAAACGUUUAUUCUAAGUAUCUUACUCAUAAGAGAUAUGUAUACAACUAAAGUACCUGCAUUUAACUGCAUACAAUUACCAUAGGUAUUGAAAACCUGUUAUAUAUUAGUAUAUUAGAUCGUAACAUAAAUUUAGUUGCAAAUAAAUUUAUUUAUGUUACGAUCUAAAUAGCUAUGAAACUAUUCACAUUUCACUAUAUUUUACUAUUAAAACAGAUAUAAUUUUAUUAACGACAUCAAUAUAUAGUAAUAAGUUUGUAUUAAUAUUAUACAAUAAAUUGUGCAUAUAUUGUGUUAUCUAUGAGAAGAGAAAACUUGAAUGAAACUAUAGUGAAAAAUUUAAAAUUUGUUACUCUUUCGGUUUAUAUGAUAAUCUUGACUGAUAAAGUUAAUUCUUUGGUAUGAUGUGCCAAGAAAUGAAAAGGCAAAAUUAGAUUAUUAUUGAUUAUUUUUAUUAAUUGACUAUUACGAAUCGUUGAUAUGUAAUUAUUUAGAUUAAUAACACUGUGAAUUAAUUAACCUAUAUUCUGAACCAAUUUUCUUGUUUUUAUAUGUAGAUU